UUUCGUCAUGCAAUCGAAACUCUUGCACUUAAACAAUUUUAAUCAAAACAUUCACAUUUUAGUAUAUUUAAAGCUAUCAAGUUGUUAACUUUGAUCUUCUCUACGAUAAAAGACACACACAAAAAAUGUUUCAAAACCGUAACGAAUUCACAAUUCCCGAUUAUUUAAAUUUCCCAUCCGCAGAACAAGAAAUUUUAACUUACUGGAAAGAAAAUAAUAUAUUUGAACAAAUCCAACAAGAACGUCGUCAAUCGAAUUCCGGUUGUUAUUCCUUUUACGAUGGUCCACCAUUUGCCACCGGCCUCCCACACUAUGGCCACAUUCUAGCUGGAACUAUCAAAGACAUAGUCGGCAGGUAUGCUACACAAAAGAAUUUAUUAGUUGAACGUAGAUUUGGUUGGGAUUGUCAUGGUUUGCCAGUUGAACAUGAAAUUGAUAAGAAAUUGAACAUCAAAGGUCCCAAAGAUGUUCAAGCAAUGGGAAUUGCUAAAUACAAUUUGGAAUGUCGACAAAUUGUCCAAAGAUAUUCCGAUGAAUGGAAAACGACAGUUGAAAAGAGUGGAAGAUGGGUUGAUUUUGAUAAUGACUAUAAGACAAUGUAUCCAUCUUACAUGGAAAGCGUUUGGUGGGUUUUUAAACAACUUUUUGAUAAGGGUUUGGUUUAUAGGGGCAUUAAAGUGAUGCCAUUCUCGACGGCAUGUUGUACUCCUCUUUCGAAUUUUGAAUCCACACAGAAUUACAAAGAUGUCACAGACACAAGUGUGACUAUCGCUCUGAAUGUUGUUGAUUCCAAUGAGAAAUUACUCAUAUGGACGACAACUCCUUGGACACUACCAUCCAAUUUGGCCGUUUGUGUCAAUCCAAAGAUGAUUUAUGUCAAGGUCAAACCAUUGGCGGUUAAGGACGAUAUAGUCUAUAUCCUUUCUGGCAAUCGUCUUCAAUUUGUCUUUAAAGACCCCAGUGACUAUAUCAUAAUCGAAGAAUUCCCAGGUUCUUCCUUAAAAGAUCUUUCUUAUGAACCACUAUUCGACUACUUCUCUGAUUACCGCCAGAAAUCUGGAGCAUUUCGGGUUCUAUUGGAUAACUAUGUUACAGAUGACUCUGGAACAGGUAUUGUCCAUCAAGCUCCAUUCUUCGGUGAAGAUGAUCAUCGUGUUUGUCUAGCUAAUGGAGUUAUAACCAAAUCCAGUAAGAUAGUUUGUCCGAUUGACGAUUGUGGUCGAUUUACUGAAGAUGUUCCUGAUUUCGUUGGACUCUAUAUCAAAGAUGCUGAUCCUCUUAUCAUUUCCAAGCUAAAAGAACAUGGUCAUGUUAUUCAAAUUUCACAAAUCAUACAUAGUUACCCAUUUUGCUGGCGUUCGGAUACUCCUUUGAUUUAUAAGGCAGUUCCCUCUUGGUUCAUUCGGGUGGAAAAACUUACCGAUCAACUUUUGGCCAAUAAUGCCCAAACUCAAUGGGUUCCAGAUGUUGUUAAAGAGAAACGAUUUGCUAAUUGGCUUAAAAAUGCACGUGACUGGGCAAUUAGUCGCAAUCGCUAUUGGGGAACUCCAAUUCCAAUCUGGUCAUCACCAUCUGGCGCAGAAAUACGUUGCAUUGGAAGCAUUGCAGAUCUCCAAAGAUUGUCGGGUGUGGAUGAUGUCAAAGAUCUUCAUCGUGAGUUUAUUGAUGAUUUGGAAUUUCCCUCAAAAAUACCAGGUAACCCACCACUACGAAGGAUUCCCGAGGUAUUCGAUUGUUGGUUUGAAUCGGGAGCAAUGCCCUAUGCUCAGCAACACUAUCCAUUUGAGAAUAAAGAGCAUUUUGAAAAGAUUUUUCCAGCUGAUUUUAUAGCAGAAGGUAUUGAUCAGACUCGAGGAUGGUUCUACACUUUGCUGGCCUUGUCAACGGCUUUAUUUAAUAAGCCUCCAUUUAAAAAUGUUAUUGUUAAUGGAUUGGUUCUUGCUGCUGAUGGAUCAAAGAUUUCGAAACGAAAGAAAAACUAUCAAGAUCCAGAGACAAUUAUGGAUAAAUAUGGAGCUGAUGCUUUAAGGCUUUAUCUUAUCAACUCGAAUUUGGUUAAAGGAGGUGAUCUUUGUUUUAAGGAAGAAGGGGUUAAGAAUAUUAUUAAAACUGUUUUUCUGCCAUGGUAUAAUGCUUUUAGAUUUUGCAUUCUUAAUAUCGAUAAGGAUUCAAUGUUCUCGAAGAUAACGGAUAAAGGAAACCUAAGUAACAUCAUGGAUCGAUGGAUUCUUUCAUACACAGAAUCGUUGGUUGAGUUUUUUGAGAUGGAAAUGCAAGCCUAUCGGCUCUAUACUGUCCUUCCGAAACUUAUUAAAUUCAUUGAGCAAUUAACCAAUUGGUACAUCCGACUAAACAGAUCUCGUUUAAAGAACGAAGAAGGCGAUCAAAAUCGUCAAGAGUCUUUGAAUGUUCUUACACAUGUUUUAGCAAAGCUAUCGAUUGUAAUGGCGCCAUUUGCACCAUUUUUUUCGGAAUAUGUUUACCAAAGGCUUGCACUUUUCUACAAGUUUGAUGGAGGGAAGAAAUCCUCAGUUCACAGUGUUCUCAUUCCCAAGAUAAACCAUGACUUUAUUCAACCAUUGGACGAGUUGAGUGUUGCACGAAUGCAAAUAAUCAUCGAUUUGGGAAGGGUUCUUAGAGAACGUAAUGUCAUUCCACUUAAGUAUCCAGUAGCUGAAUUGGUUAUUGUCCAUUUGAGUGAAGAUUUCCUCAACGAAUUAGAACGAAUGAAAGAAAUCAUCCUAAAAGAGCUUAAUGUUCGUAAGAUAAGAUUCACAACUGACCGUCAGGAAUUUGGGGCAUCAUUUAAAGCACAACCAAACUUUCAAAUACUUGGACAAAAAUAUAAAAAUGAAUUUAAAAUUAUGAUGAAAGAAAUUAAGAACCUUUCUGAUGGUGAGAUCGAAAAAGGUUUAAAAGAGAAAAGAUUUGAAGUGAAUGGUCAUGAAAUUUCGCUGGAAGAGAUACAAAUUGCGUUUGCAUUUAAAAAGAACAAUGAUACACAUUUUGAGUCCAUCAGUCAAAAUGAUGUUUUAAUUUUCAUGGACUUUAACAAGAGUGAGGAGUUGUUUGAAGAAGGGACUGCUCGUGAAAUUAUUAAUCGUAUACAAAAAUUGAAGAAGAAAGCUAAAUUGCAACCAAGUGAUAAGGUUUUGGUGGUGUAUGAGACUAAAGAAGAGAGUCUUCAGAAAAUUAUACUUAAAUAUUAUGACUUCAUUCAUCAACCAACACAAUCUGAGAUGAUGGAUUUGGAAGGUUUUCAGUCUUUACAAAAAUCUGGAGAAAAGAUUAUCCAAGACGAUGUUGAUAUAAAAGGGCUUUGUAUGAGGUUGCAUUUAUACUAUGAACAUUGAUUUUUUUUUUGUUAGAAAUAAAUUAA